AUGCACCGUAUUAACUCGUGGGCGAAAGCUCACGCAACGGCUCGUGUUCCCUCCAACCCAGGUUCCUCCAAAAGGGCGAGUCAGAUCCCCGAGAAAACCUCUUGUCAAGAUGGACAAGUGAAUCCGUCCACCCCGGGCGCGCCCAUAGCUCCCGAUGAGUCCAACAAUACCCCCAAACCAGGCCUGGGCCUGCGCAUGCGCAACGGCUGCAUCCGGUUCGGCAAUCAUACCAAGGACGCCCUCUUCCACAGCUGGGUCAAUGUCCUGCUGAUAUUUGUGCCUGUGGGUAUCGCGGUCAAGGCGGCCGGCCUGAACUCCGGCGUCGUCUUCGCGAUGAACGCAGUGGCCAUUAUUCCGUUGGCUGGUCUGCUGAGCCACGCGACCGAGAGCGUCGCCAGUCGUCUGGGUGACACCAUUGGUGCGCUCAUCAACGUCACCUUCGGCAACGCCGUGGAAUUGAUCAUUUUCAUUAUUGCACUGGUCAAGAACGAAAUCCGGAUCGUUCAGGCGUCACUACUAGGCUCUAUUUUGGCCAACCUGCUCCUGAUUCUGGGCAUGGCUUUUCUGCUGGGAGGUCUCCGCUUCCAGGAGCAGAUCUACAACAGCACCGUCACCCAGAUGAGCGCCUGUCUUCUGAGUUUGAGUGUGUGCAGUCUGCUACUCCCGACUGCUUUCCACGCAUCCUGGUCGAACAGCAACGAGGCCGACACCGAGACACUCAAGGUCAGCCGCGGGACCAGCGUGGUUCUUCUGCUGAUGUACGUCCUGUACAUCUUGUUCCAGCUUAAGUCGCACUCGUACCUGUACGCGAGUAUACCUCAGCAGAUCAUCGACGAGGAGUCGCACCCCGGUGUGCUGGCGGAAUUCUUGAACAGCUCUUCCGAUUCGUCGACGAGCUCUAGUGAUGAAUCUGUCGAUACCACCACUUCGUGGACGACGGCCAAACGAAUCAAGCGGGCAAUGAAAUACCGCAAACAUCGCAAAUCAAGCACGAGCUCCGACCAGUCAAACCAAAGAAAAACGAUGGGCGACCGAACAUUGUCGACUGAAAACCAAAGCUCCUCUGUUGGUAACUCCAUCGCCGAUCCCAAAGAUGAUAACCAAUCUUUUGCAAUUGAUUUCGCCGAUGAUGGACCUUAUGAUGCCGAUGAAGACGGUCGCAAGGGCUCUGAGGUCCGCGCGCGUGACUUUGGACAGGCGCUGAGUCGCAUUGCAAGCUCCAAAGCCGACGAGAAGACCAAGAAGCGUGAGAGGAAGAAGCGCCGGGCUGAGCGGCGACAUGCAGAGAAACAGGCAGCGAGGCAGGCCAAGGCUGCGACUGCUCAGGUUGAAACUGAGUGUCGUGGCAUGACGGGAUCCGCCACGGCUCCCAAUUUAACUCAAGUCCAGACUGAGCUCGACAUGGAGAAUGGUGCUGCGGGCAUGCCCAAGAGAAAAUCCCCCUUCGGACCUAUUCCAUCGCUGUUGUCCAACACCGUCUUCAGCUCUCAGUCGCCGGGGAAUUCUCCUCACAUUGGGACCGGCACAACGCGCCCGUCCCUGGCCCGGAGUAACUCAUUGCCUGCCCAUAUGAGCCCACGGCCUCCACCAGCUGGCAAUCCCGUUCAGUUUGCCCGUGGUGCUGCGCGCCAACCCGGUGCGACAGAUGAUAUUGUGGUAAACCCAGUCAUCGAGGAGCCAGAGCCACAGAUGUCUCGUACCGCAGCCGUUGUCAUGCUUCUGAUGUCCACUGUCCUUGUGGCUGUCUGUGCCGAGUUCCUGGUCGAUGCCAUUCCCACCAUGAUUGCCAACGGGUCACCGGUCAGCGAGGCAUUCAUUGGUCUUAUCAUCCUGCCCAUUGUGGGUAACGCGGCUGAGCAUGUUACGGCCGUCAGCGUGGCCACGAAAAACAAGAUGGACCUUGCCAUUGGCGUUUCAGUGGGCAGCAGCAUUCAAAUUGCUAUCUUCGUCACUCCUUUGGUGGUAAUAAUUGGCUGGUGCAUGGAAAAGGAUAUGUCCCUGUACUUCACCCUCUUCGAGACGAUUUGCCUUUUCGUCACCGCAUUCGUGGUCAACUUCCUCGUUCUGGACGGCCGUAGCAACUACCUGGAAGGCGCGCUAUUGAUCGCCGCAUACGUGAUUAUCGCCCUGGCUGCCUUCUUCUACCCCAACACCAAUGAGUCCAGCAAGCUCGCCGGCUCGGAGCCCAAUUAG